GAAAUGGCGAAGAUUCUCAAUCAUCCAAGAGUAUAUGCUUUUCUGCACAUACCGGUCCAGUCAGCCUCUGACAGCGUGCUCAUGGACAUGAAAAGAGAAUACUGCAUUGCAGACUUCAAACAAGUAGUGGAUUUCCUUAAAGAAAAAGUGCCUGGAAUAACAAUUGCUACAGACAUCAUCUGUGGUUUUCCAGGAGAGACAGAUGAAGACUUUCAAGAAACAAUGAAACUUGUAGAGCAAUACAGGUUUCCGAGCUUGUUUAUUAAUCAAUUUUACCCACGCCCAGGAACGCCGGCUGCAAAAAUGCAUCAAGUUCCAGCUGCAGUGAAAAAACAGAGAACAAAGGAUCUGUCCCAGCUGUUUCAUUCAUACAAUCCAUAUGAUCAUAAGGUUGGUGAGAGGCAGAGGGUUCUGGUAACAGAAGAAUCCUUUGAUUCCAAUUACUAUGUUGCUCACAAUCCUUUCUAUGAGCAGGUUCUUGUGCCAAAGGAUCCUCUGUUAAUGGGUAAGAUGGUAGAAGUCAAUAUUUAUGAAGCUGGGAAACAUUUUAUGAAGGGGCAACCUGUGUCAGAUGCCAGAGUUUACACUGCGUCCAUCAACAGACCAUUAGCAAAAGGAGAAGUUUCUGGUUUAACAGAGGAGUUCAGACAUGCACCACAGAAUGGCACAAACUGGAAAGCACACCCUUCUGCUGAGAUCCCAGUAAAAACACCGCUCAGCUCGUGGAUGGCUUUGCAGCUCCCAUGGCAACAAGGAGGAGGUGGACUGAAGAUACUGUCUGUCAGCCUGGCUCUGCUGGCAGUUCUUGUUAUGUUUUACUACGGAGGAAUGAAAACAGAACUGUGA